AAUUUAGUACAUGAAAAUCAUAGGUGUUGAACAGCAAAAUCAUGCUGAUCACCAAAGUACACCACAGUUUGAAAGAGAGAAUCAAAGAGCGAGAUGGCGAACAAGUCAAAGCAUUUGGCGGGCUUCAAUGAGUUCAAUACAACGUGAUGAAUAUUUAGCACGACGACGAGCCAAUUAUCAUUGUCAUCGCGGGCAAACAUCAAAUCAUGAGGAUAAUACUCAAGUUCCAAAUAGAAUACGCUUAAGCCAUAUGAGGCAAUUAGCGCGGUCAAAUGGAUCCCAAGUGCCUGGUAAUGGAGCUAAUCAAAAUGAUACGAACGAUGGUGAUCACAUAGAGGUCAAUGAAGGAACAUAUGAAAAUUCUAGAAUGCGCUUGAGUCAUAUAAGGCAACUAGCAUUGUCAAAUAGGUCGCAAAUGCCUAAUAGUGGAGUUAACCAAAAUGCUACGAAUAAUGAAGAUCACAUAGUACUCAAUCAAGGAACCUCUGAAAAUGUCAUUCCUCAAAAUAGCAUGACCUAUAAUAACAGUGUUAUCCAAGUACGUCUUAGAGCUAGAGGUUGCAGAUCUCAUAAUUGUGCUCGGAAUUUUCAUGAGAACAUUGGAAUCACAAAAUAUCAUUUACCUGCACCAAAAAUAUGUCCACAUUGUCAUGCCCGCCAGUUCUAUCACGAGAGCAAAGAUAUGUGUUGCUUGAAUGGGAAAAUUGUAAUUCCUCCAGUUCAAUCUCUUCCAGAAAUGGCCAAGCUAUUUUUUGCAGAAACUCUGAGAAGCGCCCAUUUUAGGCAAAAUAUCCAUGCUUAUAAUCAUGUAUUUUCAUUCACAUCAAUGGGCAUGCAUGUCGACCAAAAUCUAGCGAUUGGUGGUGGCACAUUCACUUUUCGUGCUCAAGGAUCCAUAUAUCAUAAGAUAGGAACUCUUCUACCAAAUGAGGAUAACAGACCAAGAUUUCUACAACUGUAUAUAUAUGAUACAGACCAUGAACUACAAAAUCGUAUGUUAGAGAAUGAAUCAUUACAUAGAGAUGUGGUUGAAACUAUACAAGAAAUCUUGAAUCGGCAUAAUCCAUUUGUGCGGACACUUCAUCACCUAGCACAACGCGAAGAUUUGGAAACUUGCAGACUCAUCAUUAGAGAGCAACCUGCAAACCAACGUCAGUAUAGUUUGCCUACAGAGUCUCAGGUUGCUGCAGUAAUAGUGGGUGCAGAUGAUGCAGAAAAUCUGAGAGGUCGUGAUAUUGUAGUACAGACAAAAGAGGGUCAACUUUUAAAUGUCCAAGACUGUGCGGGCUACUAUGAUCCUUUACAAUAUCCAUUGCUUUUACCUUAUGGCACAUAUGGAUGGGAUGUGAAUAGUCAGAAUAAUAAUGGUACAAAAUUGAUGUGCCGUGACUAUUACGCAUAUAUUUUGCAGAUUCGUCCAGAUGAUGAAUCAAUUUUACUUCGAGGAGGCCGCCUGUUACAACAAUAUGUCGUCGAUAAUUAUGUGAAAAUUGAGGCACAAAAGCUUAGAUGGAUUCGCAGUAAUCAAGAUACCCUGCGACGUGAACUUUAUAAUGGACUCCAAGACUCGCUAAAUGCCGGUGAAAACAAUGCAGGUAAUAUUGGUCGCAGAACUAUUUUACCUUCCUCAUUUAUCGGUAGUCCACGUGAUAUGCACCAGAGAUACCAAGAUGCAAUGGCUUUGGUCCAAAAAUGCGGGAAGCCAGAUAUUUUCCUCACAAUGACAUGCAACCCGAAUUGGGAAGAAAUAAAGGUAGAGUUAUUACCGAGUCAAGUGGCACAAGAUCGCCCUGAUUUAUGUACCCGGAUUUUUUGUGCCAAAUUUGAAGAGCUGAAGGAAGAUGUUAUCAAAAAAGGGGUCUUAGUUAUUGUUGUUGCACAUGUUUAUGUCAUUGAAUUUCAAAAACGUGGUCUCCCACAUGUUCAUAUGCUUCUCAUGUUAAAUGACGAUGAUAAGUUGAAUAACCCGGAUGAUUAUGACAAAAUUGUUGAAGCUGAAAUACCAAGUCAAGAUGAAGAACCGGAGUUGUACAAUGCCGUAUUGAGGCACAUGAUACAUGGUCCAUGUGGAGCACAUAAGCGUAAUGCCCCAUGUAUGAAGCGUGGGAGUUGUAAACGAGGUUAUCCUAAGCCCUUUUCAGCCAACACAUUUCAAGAGAAUGACUCUUAUCCCAUUUACCGAAGGCGAGAUGUUCACCCAAAUGUAGAAUCUGAUUUCAAUCAAAGUAGACAAGUAGAUAACAGUUGGGUUAUUCCGUACAACCCUUGGCUACUCACAAAAUAUGAUUGUCAUAUCAAUGUCGAAGUCUGUUGCAGCAUUAAGAGUGUUGAGUAUUUGUACAAAUAUGUCUACAAAGGUCCAGAUAGAGUAACAUUUGAAGUUCGACUCGAAGCUAAUGAAGAUGAAAUAAGGAAUUUUGUUGAUGCAAGAUGGGUUUGUGCACCAGAGGCUUCGUGGAGAAUAUUCAAAUUUGUAAUGAAUGUGCGCGCCAAUACUUAUAUCGAGAGUUUCCUGAAAGAUUCAGAUGGAUUGGCAAACAUAAGACAUGGGAGGAAAGACAGACUAACCAAAAAAGGGCCUACAUCAUACGAGGAUUUGAGGACAGUAGAUGGCAUCUUGCAACCAACAUUUAAGAAAGCGGCUGAACAAAGAGGUCUGUUAGAAGACGAUGAUAGUAUCCGACAAUGUUUACAUGAGGCUUCAAGCAUACAUAUGCCUUCAUCUUUAAGGAGAUUGUUUGUCACUAUCUUGGUUUAUUGCGAGCCUCAUGGGGUACGAAGUUUAUGGGAUGAAUUUUACAAAUUUAUGAUAGAAGAUUAUGCUUCUUCAAGCACUGUAGUCAAUGCACGUAUCACAAACAGACUCUUACGAGACUUAAACGGAUUGCUGGUGCAACAUAGUAAAUCUGUUUGUGAUUAUGAUUUGCCUGAAAUGGCUAAAGAUUAUGGUGAAGAUUCGUCAAUGCCUAGGCUAAUACAGGAUGAAGUUUCAAUUAUCAUUCCUCAAGAAUACUGCGAUGCAGUUCAUCUCUUGAAUGAGGAUCAGUCAUUUGCAUACAACGCAAUAAUAUCAGCUAUUGAGUGCAAUGACAAUACCAUAUUUUUCGUUGAUGGUCCAGGAGGGACUGGAAAAACAUACUUAUAUCGUGCACUGUUAGCAACCUUGAGAAGCAAUGAUCAUAUUGUACUGGCAACAACAACUUCUGGAAUUGCAGCAACAAUAAUGCCUGGUGGGAGAACGGCACACUCCAGGUUUAAAAUUCCACUCAAUCUUGAUGCAUCUUCUACAUGCUCUAUUAGUAAACAAUCUAAUUUAGCAGAGUUGAUACGAAGAUCAUUAGCGAUUAUUUGUGAUGAGGCACCAAUGAUGCAUAGAUUUGCAUUUAAACCUCUUGAUCGGACUUUUAAAGACAUAAUAGGUGGUGAUUUGCUAUUUGGGGGCAAAGUGAUUAUUUUCGGGGGAGAUUUCUGA